AAGAGAAUACGAUAAUUUAUGCUUAGCAAUCAUUUAUCCUGCAUGUCAAUAUUACAUAAUAAUAAGGUUUAUAAAACACCCGACAGUUUAGCACGUACGCACUGACUCUUUGAAUCAGGUGAUUCACAGAUCGAUUCUUCCACUCAAAUGAUUCACCGACUGAAUGAUUCACAGACUCGAGAGUGUCAUCGGUUGUUUACUUCAUUAUAACAGUAUCUAGAUCAGAUAACAACGUGUCUUUAGACCAACCGCGUGUAACCGCUUCCAAAAAUAACAUAUUCAAUAUAUUAAUGUCUUUGAUUGAUUGUUAUUGUAGUCACAAGUAGUUUCGUUUGUACGUCAUUUAUCGUUCGGGCCUGUAUUGAAUGGAUUUCAGUUGGUUAGCUAUCAGCUAGCGCUAACAUCCAGCGCUCCUCAGAUUCACCCGAACAAAACAACAGUUAAAAAACAAACAAACCCGAAACAUGUCGUGUACAUGUGUUUCAGCGGCUAGAAAUAUCUUAAAUUCAGCUCAUAAAGGAAUAUCAGGAUCCAGAGUCCAGUUACUGUCACUGAGCCGACCGGCAGCUCACGAGGUUCGAGUGUCACGUCGUAUCCCUAUCAGGUCCUUCUCGGAGACAGCCGUGUAUUACGCUUCGAAAGAUGGGAUAAAAGAUGGAGAUGGUGGGAAGAAAUCUGUUGGUGACGGAAGUGGAAAAAGAACCAAUUCGAAUAACUCGGGCAAAGGAGGAAGUCAGCUGCGAUGCCCCAAAUGUGGAGAUCCUUGCACACACGUUGAAACAUUUGUUUCAUCAACCCGCUUUGUGAAAUGUGAAAAAUGUCACCACUUUUUUGUGGUGCUUUCUGAAACCGACACCAAGAAGAGCUUGAGUAAAGACCCGGAGUCGGCGGCGGAGGCCGUCAAGUUGGCUUUCCAGCAGAAACCCCCUCCACCACCUAAAAAGAUCUAUGCUUAUCUUGAUAAGUAUGUUGUGGGUCAGGAUCAUGCUAAGAAGGUUCUUUCAGUGGCCGUGUACAACCAUUACAAACGCAUCUACAACAACAUGCCGGCAGGCACCAGAACCCAGCAGAUGGAGGUGGAAAAACAGGCCUCUCUUACCCCUCGAGAGCUAGAGCUCAGACGACGAGAGGACGAAUACAGGUUUACAAAGCUUCUCCAGAUCGCUGGGAUCAGUCCUCAUGGAAACGCUUUGGGUGCCUCCAUGCAACAGCAGUUAAACCAGCAGACACCUCAAGAAAAGAGAGGAGGAGAAGUGCUGGACUCCACACACACUGACAUCAAACUAGAAAAGAGUAACAUUGUGCUACUGGGUCCCACCGGCUCCGGGAAAACCCUUCUGGCCCAAACGCUGGCCAAAUGCCUGGACGUUCCCUUUGCCAUCUGUGACUGUACCACUCUUACCCAGGCGGGAUAUGUGGGAGAGGACAUCGAGUCAGUCAUCGCAAAACUUUUACAGGACGCCAACUAUGUCGUUGAGAAAGCUCAGCAAGGCAUUGUGUUUUUGGAUGAAGUGGACAAGAUUGGCAGUGUUCCUGGCAUCCAUCAGUUGAGGGAUGUGGGAGGAGAAGGAGUGCAGCAGGGUUUGCUCAAACUCCUAGAAGGAACCAUUGUUAAUGUUCCUGAGAAAAACACAAGGAAGCUGAGAGGAGAAACUGUGCAAGUCGAUACCACCAACAUCCUGUUUGUAGCAUCUGGGGCAUUUAAUGGGCUUGACCGAAUCAUCAGCAGAAGAAAGAAUGAGAAGUACCUUGGAUUCGGAACGCCAUCUAACAUGGGAAAAGGCAGAAGGGCAGCAGCAGCGGCAGACCUUGCCAACAGCACAGGUGGUGAGAUGGAUGCUGUGGCCGAGAUCGAGGAGAAGGACAGGCUUCUGAAACAUGUGGAGGCUAGAGACCUCAUUGAGUUUGGCAUGAUCCCAGAGUUUGUUGGACGUCUUCCCGUUGUCGUUCCGCUGCACAGUCUGGAUGAGGAGACGCUCGUCCGAAUCCUCACGGAGCCCCGGAAUGCUGUCGUGCCUCAGUAUCAGGCUCUCUUCAGCAUGGACAAGUGUGAUCUGAAUGUGACACCUGAAGCCCUGAGAGCCAUCGCCAAAUUGGCUUUGGAACGUAAAACCGGUGCCCGUGGACUUAGAUCCAUAAUGGAAAAACUGCUGCUAGAUCCAAUGUUUGAAGUACCACAUUCUGAUAUUGUGGCUGUGGAGGUGACCCAGGAUGUGGUUAAGGGAAAAGCACAACCGCAAUACAUAAGAGCUGCAGCUAAAGAGUCCUCCGAGGAGGAGUAUGAUUCUGGGAUUGAAGAGGAAAAUUGGCCAAGACAAGUCGAUGCAGCUAAAAACUAAAGUCACCGAUCAUUUAGCCAGCUCAUCUUCUUCUAAGGGUCCAUUUCCAAGUCGAGUUACUCACUGUACGCCUGUGAUGAUUUGUUAGUCACUUUGGAAAAUUGUAAUCCUUAACACCCACUUCUACCUUCAUAGUAAUGAAUUAUGGCUUAGUGUUUGAAAGCAAGCGAAUGCCCCUGACACCAUGCCUCUUCGAGAGAGCUAAUCCUCGUGAAAUGUAAAAAAAAAACAUUUUAUUUUAUUCUUAAUAACUUGAUGAUGCAAGUGAUUUUUAUGAACUGUUUGAUUGUUUUGACAACAGAGAUGAAAGCUAAGGAGGGCUCAUUAACGUACAGUAAUAUAUUUUGACUUCAGAUACUUUAUGUCACACUUUACCCUGCUUGGAGUAGAAUUACACAUUUGGUCAUGCACUGGUUAUACUCGGCAGACAGUACUAUUAAUAGAUGUCCUAACUAAGGUUCAUCUCUAUGAACCUAAUCAAUCACUCAAUGACUGCAUAAAAUGUUUUCCAAUACUAAACAUUUUUUGUAGUUGAACCACAAUUACAACUAAAUCAUCUCAUUCUGCAGUAUUGUUGCUUAUAAGGUCUAUUCAAUUAAAUUAGGGUUCAUGUGAGUGAAUUUACAUAAAUUUGGCAUUUUUUUUCUUUGUUGUUUAGAUUGAAGCAAGGUUUUUUUCAUGUCCGGUUACGCUAUUAAACUCAAGCUGCUAUUGUGUUUAGGUUAAAAAAAAUCAGUAAAUGGGUUUAGAGGAUAUUUCAUGGACAUGUCUGUUAUAAUCUGAUGUCGGAUCGUUGUGUCAUAAUUUCCCUUAUUCACAAAACAGCCGAACAGUGGAUUGAUCUGUAUAGGCCAAUCGCAAAAGUGUAAAACAAGCGACUUCACUUGGAAACAGGUUCAGUGACAGUGCAGUGGCUUUCUGUACACAGUAAGCUAUUUACCAAUUCUCCUGGGUAAUUCAUGAACAACAUCUCACCAUGGAAAUAUGAAUAAUGUUCUCUUCUACUUAAAUUGUAAUAAAAGUGUGUAUUUUUUAUUGUUUGUUAGAGGGUAUAUUAAACUCAAAUUAAGUACAAA